UUGUGGCCAUCCGUUUCGCAUCUCAGCCUGAGUAUGUAUUCUCCGAAACCCCUGAAUGCAAACAUGAACAUGAACCCGCAUGUGUACUGUCAUUUUAUGGAUGUACUGCGGCACCCGCUAGUACAGCGAAUCGAAGAACUGCAACAAAUAUUUGAGCUUGAAAACAUCCACAAUUUGCACGAUAUUUUCCCACUUCUGAUAAACUCGAUCUUUGAUCUGAACGGACCGGGAUGGAAUUUGCGCAAGAUAACACGGGAAAAUGCAAUGUAUGAAUUCGAGCUGCUACAUGAAUUUUUCUCCCCACUGCGUGGCCCAAUGAUCCGGUUGUGCUACAAGUUAAUGGACAGAAGCAAAUAUGAAGUGCCUAUUAGAUAUUUGCCGGUUAAAAUGCAGCACAUGCUAGUUGCCGGUUUAUAUCCUCCGUUUUAUUCAAAGCGCGUACGGAUCGAUCCGUUUAGACGACGCGUCGUGGCGUUAACAUUAAAUUCAUUUGAAUAUUAUCUGAUUUUUUUCGCAUUGUACGGUAUAGUACCACUGCGAAAUUUGUACCCAAACAUGGCACUAUGUCCUGUGGAGAAUAGUCGCAGCGAAACGAUUUAUUUAAUACUUGCGGCAGAUCUGUUCAUCGUUUCCGUGCCGAGCCAUCCGGAUGUAUACCUGUUGGCGCAGGAAGUAGUCCCAAUGCGGCCAGCUCCCCCUAUAACCCGCUCGAAGAAAAAAAGCCAGCGAGAUCCUACGAAAACGCUGAAAUAUUUACUUCCCCAGCGACUGUUCCUGCACGUGCCGGUUGUAAAACCGCACCGCGUGGACGCAAUAGCGGAAGCGUUCCAUUGGCGCGCGGAGGGUGUUAUCUAUCUUCUGUCGGACAUUUGGCUCGGGACGGAGGUUGAUGAGUCGGGCAUCCUACCCGACAUUGAUUUGGUGCGAUACGUACGAAUUCUGGUCAAGCAGCUCCAUGGGUUUUCCAACUGUACGGAAGUGGGAACGAACACCCAGAUCGAGAUGUUGCGUCGGGAUAUGGAGGGUUUGCUUGUACCGCGCAUUACCGUGUUUUUGCGAUAUUUAUUCAUGCUGUGGCCGUUGGAUCAGUCAUUCAUGGAUGUGCUGGAGUUGUGGCUCAGCUAUAUUCAGCCUUGGCGCUAUAUCGAUGGCAAGCCACGCAAUCGUCAAUACGAUGAACCUAUAGACCCACAGUACAAAGGAUUUAUCGCGAGCAAUCUAAACGCGUACAGUGAAAUGUUCGUCUGGCUGAUGGCAAGGAUAGAGGCCAGCGAGGAACCUAUUGAGCGCUACACGAUGUUAUUAUUUCGCACACUGAAAGUGUUCGGUCAAGGCAAUCUACUGCAGCUCUUACGGGCGCAAAACGAACGACAGUCUAAUAUAAAGAUGGACUCAGACACGGUCGUUAGUAUAUUACCGGUUAACCGUAAAAAGUAUGAACUGAUUACCUACCCGUUUGAUGAUCCACGGCCCGGACUUAUCCGACACGAGGCUCUACUAGUGCCAAUGUUCUCGGAACAGGUGCAGCUGGCACUCGAAACGAUUACGGGAAACAUUUGUACCCGUAUUCUCGACAACCGGUCUGCGUUGGCCGCACUGACAGCCGAGACAGAGUUUGCACGCCAAUCGUGGACAAGAUGGAUGCCAUUAAACUUAAUACGACGCAUCGAGUACGAAAGGGUAACGGCAGAGCGGACCGAGGAGCAACAACGGCUAGAGUUUGCGGUACAAGUUCUCGAACAGAGCUUCUGUAUGGUACCGGUGUACAAAAAACGAGAACCAACAGCACCGCCCAAACCAUUUCUGUCGGAAAUUCCUGGUCCGCUGCAAAUUGGCAACAAUGCGCUGAAACCUAUCACGAGCAGCGAAUGUCGGUUUUUGGUACGCUUUCUUUACCAGGUUAGUUCAAAGCUGAAUGUAAUGUUCGGCGACGACAUGGUGCGGUGGUGGGAUCGUGGUGGAAUAGCCGGCAGGAUUGCACGUCGUACACUGGAUGCACCGACUACGAUAGCGGAGUUUGUCCGGAUGCCCAUAUGUACUGAUGGUUCCAAAACGCUGGUUUUAACGAAAGUGGGACCACGGAUAAAUUUACGCUUUCUCGGUUCAUACACGGCGAUCGUUACGAUCUGUGGUUCGUUUUUGUUUGGAUAUAUUUUCUUCGGUGUACCAAGCUUCGGCUUUCUAGCGUUGCUGCUUUUGGUGUUUGUGUUUGUGAUCUUGAAACCAGAGAGCAAGGAAGUAAACCGUCAUCGCUAA